AUGUCUGAACUAGGUACCAAAUACCAACACUUACAAGGUGAGUUAGAAGAAUUUAUUGUAGCCAGACAAAAACUAGAGACACAGCUACAAGAAAACAAGAUUGUAAACGAAGAAUUUGAUCAAUUGGAGGAAAACACGCCUGUGUACAAGCUAACUGGCAACGUCCUUUUACCAGUCGAUCAAAGUGAAGCCCGUGGUAACGUGGACAAAAGAUUAGAAUUUAUUGAAGCAGAAAUUACAAGGUGCGAAAAGAAUAUAAAGGACAAGCAGGAACAAUUGGAAAAGGUAAGAAACGAUUUGAUCAAACUAAAUAAUGCUGCAGCAGCCACUGGCCCAGACAGGUGA